CUUCUUCCAGCACAACCAUCGGUACUGGAGGGGUCACUACCGAAUCCGAGUACCCCUGGCUAAGCUUAUGGUGAAAACGUUUGUAUUGUAUCUACCCAAACGUAAAGGAAAGAAAAAAGAGAGAUGCUUGCUAUUCUCCCUCCAAACACUCUCCAAACUCGAAUAACGUCUCCGAAUCCCUCUCAAAGCCCUCCAAAACCCACCCCCACUCAAUACAAAAACCCAAAAAUCUCCACCAACCCAUUCCCAUGGAACACCAGAAUCCGCACCCACGUCGACAAGAAUCAACCAAAACAAGCCUUCCUUCUCUACAUCUCCAUGCUCGAAAACGCUGUCUCUCCUGACCUUUUCACCUUCCCUUUCCUUCUCAAGGCAUGUUCUUCCCUAAAUUCCUCGAAACAAGGCGAACAGAUUCACACCCAUGUCGUGAAAAACGGUACUGCAUUCGCCCAUGACGUUUUUAUCCAGAAUGCUCUGCUGUACAUGUAUUCCUGCUUUGGGUUAUUGGGCAUUGCACGGAAGGUAUUCGAUGGAAUGUCGCAGAGAACUUUGGUUUCUUGGAACUCGAUGAUUGCUGGGUAUUCGAAGUUUGACGGGCUUGGAUACGAUGCCUUGUUGGUUUUUGUUGAUAUGCUGCGUGAAGGGGUGGUGCCAGAUGGUUUUAGUUUUACCGUUUCGUGCAAGGCAUGCGGUUCGGUUUUGGCUGUUGAGGAAGGGAUUCAGAUUCAUAGCCAUGUGGUUAAGCUUGGGUUCGAAUCGGAUGUGUUGGUUCGGAAUGGUUUAAUUGAUAUGUAUGUCAAAUUUGACUUGGUGGAUGAUGCCCUUAGAGUGUUUGAUAGAAUGCCGGAACGGAAUUUGGUUUCUUGGAAUGCCUUGAUUGGUGGGUUGAUGAGGUUGGGCCAGUUAGAUAUGGCAGAGGCUCUGUUUAGGGAGAUGGACGUGAGAGAUGUAGUGUCAUGGAAUUCGAUGAUUUCAGGUUAUGUGCAGAACGGGCAGUGUGAUGAAGCCUUGGCCUUGUUUCAGCAAAUGCAGCUCGAGGGCAUAAAUCCAAAUGCAGUUACUGUGGUCAGUGCACUCUCUGCUUGCUCGAAUGCAGGUGCAUUGAGUUUAGGGAAAUGGGUUCAUUUGUACAGUGAGAAAAACUGCUUUAUUUCCAAUGAGUUUGUCAAUUCUAGUCUGGUAGUUAUGUAUGCAAGAUGUGGGGAUAUCGAGAAUGCAUGGCAAGUUUUUGAGAGGAUGCCAAAGAAGGAUAUCGUUUCAUGGGAUGUUAUGAUUGAAGGUCUUGCAAUGCAUGGGCAAGGAAAAGAAGCAUUGGAGCUGUUUGUGAAGAUGAGAAGGGCGGGAGUUAAACCCGAUGAGAUUACUCUCAUUGGCAUGUUAAACGCUUGCAGCCAUGCUGGUUUGGUAGAUGAAGGGUUGAUGUAUUUUAGAAGAAUGAGUCAUGAGUUUGGGAUCGAACCAAAUUUGGAACAUUAUGCUUGUGUGGUUGAUCUUCUUGGGCGUGUGGGCCGCGUAAAUGAAGCAUUGGAAAUAAUAAAGAGAAUGCCUAUAGCUCCUGAUGGUGUUGUUUGGGGAGCAUUGCUCAGCGCUUGCCGGACCCACAACAAUGCUCCGUUGGCAGAAUCUGUGGUGAAACAUAUCAUUGAAAUGGACCCCAUGAACUCUGGAAGCUACAUUCUUCUGUCGAAUAUUUAUGCAGCAAGAUGCCAAUGGGAAGAUGUUGCUAACGUUAGAAGUGUUAUGAAGCAUAAGGGGAUUGAGAAAGAACCUGGAUGUAGUUUAAUUGAGAUAGAGGGAUCUGUUAACGAGUUCCUAGCUGGUGAUUCUUCUCACCCUCAAUGUGAUCAGAUUUUUUGCAAGUUAGAUGAGUUAAUGGAGCGGAUUAAAGUGUUGGGUUAUGCCCCAGAUUUGGGGUCUGUGUUGCAUAAUCUGGCUGAAGAGGAGAAGGAGAGUGUUCUUUAUCACCAUAGCGAGAAAUUGGCUGUUGCCUUUGGGCUUAUUAACACUCCUUCAGGAAUGCCAAUCAGGGUAGUGAAGAAUCUACGCAUCUGUGGUGACUGUCAUUCUGCAAUUAAGCUUAUUGCAGAUAUUGAAGCAAGAGAGAUUAUUGUGAGAGAUCGGCAUCGGUUCCAUCGGUUUAAGGAUGGGGAAUGUUCGUGUGGGGACUAUUGGUGAGAUUGGCUUGUAACUGUAAGAGGUGUGCUGCGGAUUGGGACCAUUGAUCCAGUCAGCUACAAAGUGGAGGGACCAAAAACAGGAGUGAUUGGGUGAUCCUAACCAUCCACUGUUUGCUUGGUUUGUGUCGGUCAGUCAUUUUCAGACCACUGAAUGGAUGAUCGACACAGAUCAUGUUGAUCGUUCAGCAAUGGCCCACCUCACAACAGCCCACCAAAGCAACUAUUUUGAUCGUCAAAUGCAAGUUCCAUGUGUACAGGGAAACUUUUGCAGGCCUCCUCGUAAACUCUGCAAAGCAUUGCAUCAUAGUGGACACUUGACAACCUUGUAGAGAUAUGCUUUCAUCAAAAUGUUGGAUGCUUAUUGAAAGUUUUCAAAGUCAGGCUGUUGUUUUCCGACCUUCUUCGGCUUCUUACAUAACCUGCUUCUACGCACAGUUCUUCCUGAUGGAUAUUUAUCGACUCCUUGGAACGAAUGGUGGUCUGAGUUAAGAACCAUUCAUCCAUUUCAAUAUAGAGAGAGAGAUGGACUUGUCUACAAAUACAUGUUGGUUUUUCCUUUUAGCUAGAGAGAGAUCCAAUUGGUAGUGAUGAUGUUGGUUUUCUUAACAGUGUCUUCUCUGAGAGGAAUUAUGAAGCAUAUGAAAGUGUCAUCUUCUCACAAGGAAUUAUCAA